AUGAACUUCUCCCAGCGUGUACUGUUUCUCAUGGUUCUCGUCAUGGUGACUUCGUGUUCUUGGAUGGCUGAAGCUGGAGGCCCACAGCCGAUUUCGGCCCGAUACGAUGAUUUCCGUGAGCGUAUGCUGCGGCAGCGUCUCGCCAAACAAGCAGCUUACGACAAGAAGGAGCGUGACUUUUUCAGCGGUGAACGCCGCAAGCGCAACUAG